GUUCCCUGCUGACUGGGGUGUGGGCGGGAGCGGCGGAGGGAGGAGGAGGAGGCGCUGCUUGCCGCCGCUGUUGCCUCCGCUGCUGGGCGCCGGGGCAGCUCCCCGGGUAUCUGCGGCCGCCAUGGACGAGCAGGCGGGUCCCGGCGUCUUCUUCAGCAACAACCACCCGGGCGCCGGCGGUGCCAAGGGGCUCGGGCCUCUGGCGGAGGCUGCCGCGGCCGGCGACGGGGCGGCUGCGGCGGGGGCGGCCCGAGCCCAGUACAGUCUCCCGGGGAUCCUGCACUUCCUGCAGCACGAGUGGGCCCGCUUCGAGGUGGAGAGAGCCCAGUGGGAGGUGGAGCGGGCGGAGCUGCAGGCCCAGAUUGCCUUCCUACAGGGAGAAAGGAAGGGCCAAGAAAAUUUGAAGAAGGAUCUUGUGAGGAGGAUCAAAAUGUUGGAGUAUGCUCUUAAACAGGAAAGAGCCAAAUACCACAAGUUGAAAUAUGGGACAGAAUUGAAUCAGGGAGAUAUGAAGCCUCCAAGCUAUGAUUCUGAUGAAGGUAAUGAAACAGAAGUGCAGCCACAACAAAACAGCCAGUUAAUGUGGAAACAAGGUCGACAACUACUCAGACAGUAUCUACAGGAGGUGGGUUAUACAGAUACUAUUCUAGAUGUGAAAUCUAAACGAGUGCGAGCUUUGUUGGGCUUUUCAAGUGAUGUCACGGACAGGGAAGAUGACAAAAAUCAGGACUCAGUUGUAAAUGGCACAGAGGCUGAAGUUAAAGAGACAGCAAUGAUUGGAAAAUCUGAGUUAACAGAUUCUGCCUCCGUGCUGGAUAAUUUCAAAUUCCUUGAAAGUGCAGCUGCAGAUUUCAGUGAUGAAGAUGAAGAUGAUGAUGUUGAUGGAAGAGAGAAAAGCGUCAUUGAUACUUCAACAAUUGUUAGGAAAAAAGCAUUGCCUGACAGCGGUGAAGAUCGAGAUACAAAAGAAGCUCUAAAGGAGUUUGACUUCUUGGUUACAUCAGAGGAAGGAGACAAUGAAUCUAGAAGUGCAGGUGAUGGAACAGACUGGGAAAAGGAAGACCAGUGUCUCAUGCCUGAAGCCUGGAAUGUGGACCAGGGAGUAAUUACCAAACUCAAGGAACAAUACAAAAAGGAGAGAAAGGGGAAAAAGGGGGUGAAGAGAAAAACUACUGAAGAUCUGUUUCAGCCUCUAUCCUAUAUAAAACAGUCAAAACAGGGAUGUGGGAGAAUGAAGAAUCAAAGUUUAGGGCCCAAUAGGUCAAAACUACAAGAUAUGCUUGCUAAUUUGAGAGAUGUUGAUGAGCUUCCUUCAUUGCAGCCAUCUGUGGGUUCACCUUCCAGACCCAGCAGCUCCAGGCUUCCUGAACAUGAAAUUAAUAGGGCAGAUGAAGUGGAAGCAUUGACAUUUCCUCCUUCUUCUGGAAAGUCAUUCAUCAUGGGGGCAGAUGAAGCCCUUGAAAGUGAACUGGGACUUGGAGAACUAGCAGGCCUUACGGUGGCCAAUGAAGCAGACUCACUAACUUAUGAUAUAGCAAACAAUAAAGAUGCAUUGAGGAAGACAUGGAACCCUAAGUUUACAUUGAGAAGUCACUUUGAUGGCAUCCGAGCCCUUGCUUUCCAUCCCAUUGAGCCUGUUUUGAUAACAGCAUCAGAGGAUCACACAUUAAAAAUGUGGAAUUUACAGAAAACAGCCCCAGCCAAAAAGAGCACUUCUCUUGAUGUAGAACCUAUCUAUACAUUCAGAGCCCAUAAAGGUCCAGUGCUUUGUGUGGUAAUGAGCAGCAAUGGUGAGCAGUGUUACAGUGGUGGUACUGAUGGACUGAUCCAGGGCUGGAAUACCACUAAUCCCAACAUCGACCCCUAUGAUUCUUAUGAUCCUUCUGUUUUACGAGGCCCUCUGCUAGGCCACACGGAUGCAGUCUGGGGUUUGGCUUAUAGUGCAGCACAUCAGCGUUUGUUGUCCUGUUCAGCAGAUGGCACUCUGCGUUUAUGGAAUACAACUGAGGUUGCUCCAGCACUAAGUGUAUUUAAUGAUACUAAAGAACUGGGAAUCCCUGCCUCUGUGGAUCUAGUGAGCAGUGACCCGAGCCAUAUGGUAGCAUCAUUCAGCAAGGGAUAUACAAGCAUUUUUAACAUGGAAACACAACAACGCAUUCUCACUUUAGAAUCCAAUGUAGAUACAACAGCCAACUCUUCCUGCCAAAUAAAUAGAGUCAUCAGUCAUCCUACUCUUCCGAUCAGCAUCACUGCUCAUGAAGACAGGCACAUCAAAUUCUAUGAUAACAAUACAGGCAAACUGAUCCACUCGAUGGUAGCCCACCUAGAAGCUGUUACAAGUUUAGCAGUUGAUCCCAAUGGCCUUUACUUGAUGUCUGGCAGUCAUGACUGUUCAAUACGUUUAUGGAAUCUAGAAAGUAAGACGUGUAUCCAAGAAUUCACAGCUCAUCGAAAAAAGUUUGAAGAAUCGAUUCAUGAUGUAGCUUUCCACCCAUCCAAAUGCUAUAUAGCCAGUGCUGGAGCUGACGCACUGGCUAAAGUCUUUGUAUGACGCAAUGCAUCAUCUUCACCUUCUAGCUGUUUAUAAGUAAUCAACUGCACAAAAGAGAUACAGAAGACGAGGGCCAGAAUCAUCUCGUCCUGCCCUUUUGUUCUGCUGAAGGAGCACAGAGAACAUUUGUUGAAGUAUAGUUUUGCAAUUCAUAUACUGUUUUCUAAAACUAAGGUUUGUUCAGGUUGCUGCAAGCUCAGCUGAAUCUGUGAGCCUGAGAUCUGUUUCAAAUUUCCCCCCAAUAGGCGCCUUUAUUUCUGAGGUUGUUCUAAUUCGCUAGGCAGGCCUGAGCGAAUACAAGUUUAGCUUGUCCCUGUUGAGUAAGUAGGGCAUGCUACAAUGGAUGAUUUAAAAGCUUGAUAGCUGGGACUGAAUAGAAGAAAACGGGAAACUUAGACCAAGUUCUCCCCUGAGAAAUCUUGUUAAACACAUUAAGUAGUCAAAAUAGUAAUCUUUAUCAUAUCUGCCAUAUUAACCCCUUUGUGUAUAAUGACCAGGCAGUGUUAAACUCAGUUUUUAAUUUGACUCUCCUUUCAGCUGUUCACAUAAAGCACCUGGCAAAGCAUUUUACCUGUUAGAGGGAGAAAAAUGCAAUAAUAUGUUAAAUAUAUUAUUAUUCAGAAAUGCUAAACAAAUAGUUUGCAAGCAGAUUUCUAUAUUGUAUUACAGUUUUGAAAAUAGAUUUGGUAUCAUUCUAAAGUUUAGCUAUCAAGCACUCACCAUUGUGAAGAAUAGUUGAUCGACUCUGCUUUUACUAACAGAUUUAACUUAUUCAGGUUUGAAAUUCUGUUUAUUUUUAAGGGUAAACAGGGCAUAUCUCUUUAAUAAUUUCUAUUUUAAAAUUCACUUUAUUCAUGUGACAUUUAUAGUACCAGAGUGAUUAUUUCAUACCAAUGAAAUCUUACUUUUCAGUGACUGAAAAGAUAGAAUUUAUUUGCUAAUAAUCAUUUAUCAACACCCACCUAAUCAUGCUUCAGAUGAUCUGUGCUCUUUCUUCUUUGUCACGUUCAAGUUAUCUGACAUCUACCAAGAACAGUUCAUAAUUAUUAAUAGUCCAAAGAGUAUGGUUAACUUCACGCAGCUGCUUUUGCAGAAGCACUAAUAAAAACAAAUAUUUUGUACCCUAGAAGUCCUCUAUUAAUCCCUGUAAGAAUCUCCUGGAAACCUGGAUGAAAGAGUUUAAUGCCAAAUAUUGGCUAAAAAGUUCUGUCUUUCUCUCUCCCUAUUCCCCCCCCAUUGUUUCAUUGAGAUAUACAUGUUUUAAUGGGCAGUGUAUCAGUAUUGUUUCUGGGGAAAUCCACACCUUAAAAGGCUAGGCUUCCCCAGCCCAACUUACCUGUGACCCACCUACAUGUGGUCAGCUUUUGGGAUUCUGAGGACCCCGCUAUCUAGACCUAGUCUCCUGUCAUACAGACAUUAUUUCUAUAGUGGUUUAUGUCUCUCUUACUCUUUGUCCCAGAUGACAGAGACCAAUCUAGAAAUUGGAAAUAAAUUAUUAACGUCCAACUUUCCACCAAAAAAUAUAUAAAUAGGCUCUUAGAUUUUAAAAAUAUUAAAUCUAUAGAUAUUUUAACCAAUUAAAACAAUUUCUACAUAUUCCAUUCCCCACAUUUUCCAUCGUCAUAACAAUGAUGCUUCUCAUGACACGUACAUCUACUCCUUGAAAAAGUAUUCUGGUGGUGGUGUGGCUAAUGAUUGACAAAUAUUUCUGUAAAAUUUCUGCCUGUUUGCCUCUAGAAUUCUGCAUUAUACAGGCAAAUUUUCUUUAAAGACCUGUGCUAAAUUUGCCUGAUUUUCAUACAGAUAUGCUGUAGUAAUACAGCUACCUUUUCAUUUCAUCUUUGUGCUUUGGUUAACAAGCAGGCUCAAGAGACUGCUUUGUGUAAUUAAAUGAAUUGACCUAAACAUGAGCUAUCAGGUGAAUACUUAAUAUUUCCAUGCAGAUACAGAAUUCCAUAUUGCGUUCAGUAAAUUUCUUUUGGUUCUUCACAGUGAAGAAAGAAUGUUUCUAACCUAACAUUUGUAGAAGGAUACUGGAAAAUUCCUUCCAGGAAGGAAGGAAGGAAGAUGCCAUUACUUGGUGUAUUUAUGAUGGAUGACCACAAAGCUAUUGUUCUACCAGUUAUUGUUUUAAUUACCUUCUAAGAUCUUCAGUUACUGCUUUAUUAACGUCACUGAAAUUCUAAAAACCAGGACAUUCUUCCCCCGUUCAUUUUAUGCUUCAUGGUUGAAAUUUUUCUGUCAGUGAGUGGAAAAUAACCAUGAGAUACAUAGACUGUAGCGCAAAUGGAACUGUUGAAAGUUCCUUAGAAAGCCAGUGCUGUGGCAUUGGAGACUACGGAGAGAGUCUUCUCUACCAGCACUGCAUGAUCUCAGCCUAGAAAUGAGCCAAAGCUGUCUUCCAACCAGAGUAGCAUAUACAUGUGUCUGACUUUUCCCCUAGCCUGUUGAACAUUCAAUGAAAAUUCACAGAAUGAACAAAUUCAAUGUUUAAACAGCCA